GCUGCUUUGAAGAGCGAGCAGAGGGAUCGUUUUGCGCUAUCCUUUUUCCUCCAGGGGCGCAUCGGGGAGAGACUUCCAGGAAAGGCGAAGGAAAAGAUGGGCCGAUUAAGGAAAUAGGAUACUUAGAAAAGGCUUUCAUCUCAUUUAUUAAACUUUUAUUUAUAUAUAGACUUUCAGCGUGUCUGCAUAUUCCAAUCAAAAUUGUUAGCAAAAUCAUGGCACCAUCAGGAAGAAAAUCCACAGGAAAAACAACCAAAUUAGCACAAGAAGAUUCAGUUGUACAUGUCUAUAACUUUGAAGAUGACCCAAAAAAACAUUUGAGUGGUUCUGACGAGGACAUUAGAGAAGAUGAAGCUCCAGUGAUUGAUAAACAUGGGAAGAAAAGACCUUCAGUAACUUUACCUCAUGCAGGAGUUGAGGAUGAUGUUGGUGGAGAAGUGCAGAAUAUGCUGGAACGAUUUGGAGCGGACAUUAACAAAGCUCUUCUGGCUAAAAGGAAAAGAUUAGAAAUGUAUACAAAAGCUUCCCUUAAAACAAGCAACCAGAAAAUAGAAUUUGUUUGGAAAACACAACAGGAACAAAGGCAAAAGGUUAACCAUGAGUAUUCUCAGCAGUUCCUGCAUGUAUUUCAACAAUGGGAUGCCGAUAUACAGAAAGCAGAGGAACAGGAAGAAAAGCUAGCGAAUGUAUUUCGACAACAACAGAAAGCUUUCCAGCAAGCAAGAAUAGUUCAAAGUCAGAGGCUGAAAACAAUUAAGCAGUUAUAUGAGCAGUUUAUAAAGAGUAUGGAAGACAUGGAAAAGACUCAUGAAAGUCUUUUAGCAGGGGCACAGAGUGAACUUCGCAAAGAAAUGUCCAUGUUGCAAAAGAAAAUCAUGAUGGACACAGUAAGUAUUUAUACUGAUUUAUGAAAAUUUCAGUGACUUAAAUAGAAAAGAUAUUGUUUAUAAUUCACAAGCUAAGAGUACUGUGAUACAAAAUGCUGCAUUUGAUCAAUAUAUUUUUCUUUCUUUCUCAUAACAGCAACAGCAAGAGAUGGCAACUGUUCGCAAAUCUCUUCAGUCCAUGUUAUUUUGAUGGUUCAGUGGAGAAACAACUUGUACCUAAAUAACAUGAUACAUAUAUACACAUUAGCUAUUGUGAGGAGAAAAAAAGAGACUGUUUCACAUUCCAUGUUAAAAAUUAUAUGUGUCUGAAUACUUCAUUGUUACAAGAGAAAUCAACAAGUAAUUAAAAACAAUAUCUGUUUUUUCAUUUUCACAAUAUUAUGAUUCUUUUAUCAUAACGUUUUUCCUUCAUUUUCAAAUUACAAAUGUAAAUACCUGGUUAUGACAGUAUUUGUAAACUUCAAAAUAUUACAGUGUAGGAUUAUUCCUAGUUAGGCACAGUAGUUACAAAAGUCCAUUAGCUGAAUUAGAAAUUCAAGUCAAAAUGAAAAAGUCCUAAAAGCCAGGGGGGGGGGAAGCAUUACACACAUUAGAAUAAAGUGCUUUAACAUGAGAAUUGAACAAUACUGUUUACAAAUUCCUUACUAUCAUAUGGUAAAAUAUUACACUAUGUUUUCCAGAUUUAGUACUGUAUUAAUUUAAAUGUAUUAAUACGUGGCAUAAUGUACUAUUUGAAUGGAAAAUUAGAAGUUAAUUGAUACAUCAAACUUGUUUUGAAAAUACAAAUUUAUGUAAUUAAAUUAAAAACCCUUAAAGUACCAUUGCAGUGAUUAUUGAAUAAAGAGUAAGAAAGCACUAAUUUCCAACUGAAAUGUUUCUUACCAUCAAUUGAAAUAUCAAAAGAUUGAUUCAUUGAGUUUAUGAAACAAAAAUUUUAAAGAUAAUUUACAUUUUCAUACUUCUAACACACAUUCAAACAUUACAGAUGCAGUAUUUAUACAGUUAUGGAAUACUUAGUUAAAGCAAUUUAUAAUUGUUUCAAAUCUGAUUUCUUUUUUAAAAAUAUUAAAUAUAUUUCUUCUAUUUUUUCACCAAAAUUUGCUUGAAAUAUUUUAUUAUAUUUAAAUAUCAAGGUUUUGCACUUAUUAAUUACCAUAAUGCCACUCCAUUAAUUAAUGAUUUUCUAUAUAGAAUUCACCAUAGUUGCAUAAGGGCAAUUUUUCAACUGAAUCUGUAAAUAUGAUUUUGAUAUAGAUCAGCUUAUGAGGCUUUUUUUACACCUCAUUUAAAAUUCAAGGUGAUAGAUUGUUCUUAUAAUUCUAUUGGGUUUUCUAAUUUCUAGAGAGAUGUUAUAAUAAUUAGUGGUGCAGACUGGAAUUUUUUUUACUUAACAUAUAAGCAGUGGCCACUUGGGAUUGAUUCCCUUAUGGAAGUGUACAAUAGAAAACAGCAAAAAAUAAUAACCAGAGAGCAAUAUUUUAAAAAGAAUCAAACUAUCCUGACUGCACCUACAACUGCUUUUAUUAUAGUGUCAAAGUUAAGAUGAGACACAUUUUUUGAAAUCAAACAUAAUGUCUAUUAAAUGUGUUCAGUCAUGGCUCCUACAUCAUAUUUGCUUUCCAUAAUCUAGGAAUAGUUUUUGAAAGAUAAAUUCAUAAAUUAACAAACUUAAUGCAUCAGUGUUACAUAACAAAACAAACUCAUCUAACAAUAUAAGGAAAAGAAUUAUGGUUAUAAGUUUUUCUAGAGACAUAAACAUUCAAAAGGAAGAAUACAUUGCUUGCUCUGCAAAAUAUAUUCUAAAAUGUUAAUGUCUAUUUUAUACCAAAAAAAUGCAUGUAUUUGCAACACAUUUUUGUAAAUGAAAAUAGACUUUUUGUUGCUCUAAAUGUAGUGGACCAGAUUAGUUUAUGUUCAAAAAUAGAAUGGCUUCACAUUUGAAAAAAGGGAUUGAUUUCAUUCUCUUAUAUCCAAAACUUUGAAGUACUUACCCUCCCCACACCAGCCCCAAAUUUUCCUUUUUAUAAACUGCUGUCUGGGAAGUUACAAUUUGCAAUGGCAAAAUAGGGCAUCCAAUCCCAUAUUUGUAUAUGAUGAAAAGCAAAUACAGGUAGUCCUUGGGUUAUGACUAUUCAACAACCUAUUCAAAGUUGCAGUGGCACUGAACGAAUGGUACUUAAGAUGACUCCUUAUACUUCUAUCCAUUGCAGUAUCUCUGUGAUCACAAGAUCAUGAUUUCUGAUGUUCUCUGCCAGCUUCCCACAAGUAAAGUCAAUAGGGAAACUGGUCAAAAAUUGCAGCCAAUGCAAUUUAGUAAAGCCAGCUGGGACUGCUUGAAUUGCUGUUGCUAAGUGACAAUCACUUGAUGUUGUGCUUUAUGACUGCAUUAUUUAAUGAUGGGAAUUCAGGUCCCAAUUGCCAUUGUAAGCUGAGGACUACAGCUUACGAGAAAAAGUGUGCCAGAGGCCAGAGGCGGAAAAUGUUUAAAUGUUUCUGUCUACCACAAACUUCAACUGAAAGUCAAAAAUGCAAACUAUAUUUUGUAUGACCUGAAAAGAAUACCAUAGCCUUUUAAUCACUGAUUUCUUUAUCUACAUUGGUUAAAUUUUUAGCUAAUUUGAAAGGUCAAGA